GUCCAAAUUCAGUUCACCCGUUCUGCCCUUCUCUCAUUGCCAGGUUUAAAAAGUAAAUAAAAAUAUUUGUCAGAAUACUCAUACUUCAUAGCUUCAAUCUUGAAGACUAAUUUGGAAUCAAAAUGACUAAUUUUUUCCUUCUUCGCCAUUGACUUAAAAAUUAUAAUAUUCAUCUUACCUACUUCCACCUUUCAUGAUUCAACCUACCCACCAACGUUACCUGCUCACUUGGGUUGUUGGAUACAUCAUACACGCAUAUAUGCAUAUUUACGCAAUCACAACACCACCGUCGUCGUUGUUGAUAAAGUUAUUCGUUGUUUUGGAAGCGUUUAAUCACUCCGUUAGUCGGAUCUUAUUCAGCAAAAAAUGUCAUCUUCCAUCAAAAACCCUAGUGUCGUGACCUGCAAAGCUGCGGUGGCAUGGGGAGCUGGAGAGCCAUUGGUAAUGGAGGAGGUGGAAGUAAGUCCGCCCCAACCCAUGGAAAUACGUAUUAAGGUUGUGUGCACAUCCCUAUGUCGCAGUGACAUUACAGCUUGGGAGUCUCAGGCACACCCCCCUAUAUAUCCUCGGAUUUUUGGCCAUGAAGCAUCAGGUAUUGUUGAGAGUGUGGGGCAAGGAGUUACUGAAUUUGAAGAAGGGGACCAUGUGCUUACAUUGUUUAUGGGAGAAUGCAUGAGAUGCAGACACUGUACGUCCGGUAAGAGCAACAUUUGCCAAGCACUGGGGUUGGAGAGGAGAGGUUUAAUGCACAGUGACCAGAAGACACGUUUCUCAGUAAGAGGUGAACCCAUUUAUCACUAUUGUGCGGUUUCAAGUUUCAGUGAGUAUACAGUUGUGCACUCUGGAUGUGCUGUCAAAGUCGACUCAAUUGCGCCACUAGAGAAAAUAUGCCUUCUUAGUUGUGGAGUUGCAGCAGGUCUUGGUGCUGCUUGGAAGGUUGCCGAUAUAUCUGAAGGAUCAACAGUUGUCAUUUUUGGUCUCGGAACUGUAGGCCUUUCUGUUGCACAAGGUGCCAAACUAAGAGGAGCAUCUCGAGUAAUUGGUGUGGACACUAACCCUGCAAAGAGUGAAAAAGCAAAGGCUUUUGGAGUAACAGACUAUGUUAACCCAAAUGACUUCAAUGAACCAAUUCAACAGGUUAUUAAGCGUAUUACUGAUGGAGGGGCAGACUACUCAUUUGAAUGUGUUGGAGAUACAGGAAUGAUAACUACUGCUUUACAGUCAUGUUGCGAUGGAUGGGGUGUGACUGUCACUCUUGGUGUACCAAAAGUGAAGCCAGAGAUAACAGCUCACUAUGGGUUAUUUCUUUCUGGGAGAACAUUGAAAGGAUCCUUAUUUGGAGGAUGGAAACCAAAAUCUGAUCUUCCAUCAUUAGUAGACAUGUACUUAAGGAAGGAAAUCCAGAUCGAUGAGUUCAUUACACAUAAUCUGCCAUUUGAAGAUAUUAAUAAAGCUUUUAAUCUCAUGAGAGAAGGGAAGUGUUUGCGUUGUGUCAUCCACAUGCCAAGAUAGAGUUGUUUUUGUGCAAAUCACACUCCUGGUUGCAGAUGAGUGCGUGUUUAGAAGACUGCUUACUUGCUGGUUAUACUUCGAGGAAGACAGUCCUUAUGAAGGAUGAUUUGAAGUCAGAAUGCUACUUCUUUUAGUUACAAUGCCUGUUCGUGCGCACUUGCCCUUGCUGGAGCUAUGUGGGAUGUUGACUCCGUAAUUUUUUUUUUCUUCGGGUGUUCUUUUUCAAAUUAAAGACUUGAAAAUUUCUAAACUGGUCAUGUAAAUUCAACGAGUUCACUGUUGUAAAAGACUGAAACAAGGUUUUAACUUUGGCCGUGUGCAUUUCACAA